AUGAAGUUCUCCACCAUCCUCAGUGCUGCAAUGCUCGCCCAGCAGGGCAUGUCCCAUCCGGGACAGAGCAAGGCUGAAGCCCUACAGGAGCUUCAGCAGCGCCGGGAAUACCGGUCAAUGAACAAGAGAACUCUGGCCGACUGCGCCGAUCAGCUCAAAGCGAGGGGUAACGACGCCCUCCUCCAAGCUCGCCGUUCGGCCAAACUUGAGGCUAUGCGCAAGAAGCGGUCAAUCAGCACCGACAAGCCUCUGCUCAAGGCUCGCUCUUUCGACGAUGUCCUGAACACCGACCACCACUCCAACCUCACCGUCACUCCCGAGACAGCUGACCCAGCUACCCUUUUCACAGGGAAUGCCAGCUGCACUCUUACUCCUGAGACGACCGAGGGCCCAUACUGGGUGGCUGGCGAGCUCGUCCGCGAGAACAUUGUUGAUGGCCAGGCCGGUGUGCCCCUGACGCUCGACAUCCAGGUCGUCGAUGUGAACACCUGCGAAGUGGUUCCUCAGGCUUACACCGAAAUCUGGCACUGCAACUCGACUGGUGUGUAUGGUGUUGUUGCUGGCGGAAACGGCAACCAGGCCGACCUGGCCAACAUCAACAACACUGCGCUCCGUGGCAUUCAGCAGACUGACAAUGACGGCGUGGUUGCUUUCGAGACUUUAUUCCCCGGCCACUCCGAGAAGGAGGCGCCCUAUAACACCAACACACAGGCACUUACGGUCAACAAGGACGACUUCAUCUUCGAGGAGGAGGCUGCCAAUGUUGAUCCGAGUGUCGAGUAUGUCUACCUUGGUGACAGCAUCUCCGAAGGUCUGUUUGGUUGGAUUGCUUUCGGCAUUGAUACUGCUGCUGCCCGUAACGUUACUCCUGCUGUGUACCUGACCGAGAACGGUGGUGUCGCCAACCCCAACGCUGGUGCUGGUGGCCCUGGUGGACCCGGUGGACCUCCUCCUACCGGCUCUCGCCCAACCAACCUGCCCACUGCUACCGCGUCUGCUUAG